ACGAGGAGCUCUUGAAGGGCUCCAAUGUCUGCGCGCUGAUCCAUCUCAGUGUGUGGUGUGUGUGUGUGUGUGUGUGUGUGUGUGUGUAUAUAACUGUUCUAUAUGUGUACGAUGAGCAGCGGAAACGCGGCUGAGCAGAGCUCCCCUGCCACGACGGACAGGUCGCAGGCCUGAUCCCCGCCGGACAGUCGCGAUGGACUUCGUGCUGAGCGGAGCGGCGGCGUGCGGCGCCUGUCUGUUCACCAACCCGCUGGAGGUCGUUAAGACGCGAAUGCAGCUUCAGGGAGAGCUGAAGAGCCGGGGCUCGUACCAAGUGUACUACCGCAACGUUUUCCACGCGUUUUACACCAUCGGCAAAGUGGACGGCCUGGCCGGUUUGCAGAAAGGGCUGGCUCCCGGGCUCGUCUAUCAGUUCUUUAUGAAUGGAAUCAGGCUCGGCUCGUACGCCGUCAUUGAGUCCUCUGGAUACAUCCACACCGAUGGAAGGGUCAGCGCGGCCAAAACCACGUUGGCAGGGGCUGUGGCUGGAGUGGUGGGAGCCGUGGUUGGAAGCCCCGUGUACCUGGUUAAGACUCAUCUGCAGAGUCAGUCUACCUCCUCUAUUGCAGUUGGACAUCAGCAUAAACACCAGGGGAUGAUCCUCGCUCUGUCAGCCAUCUAUAAGCAGCAUGGCAUUCUGGGACUGUGGAGGGGCUCUAGUGCUGCUGUACCACGGGUCAGCGUGGGUUCGGCUGCUCAACUCUCCACCUUCUCCUCCUCCAAGGAGCUUGUGGUUGACCUACAGGUGUUCCCAAAGGACAGCUGGUUGGUGGCCCUCAGUGCCGGCAUGAUCAGCAGCGUGGUGGUGGUGAUGGCUAUGACACCUUUUGAUGUAGUGAGCACGCGGCUCUACAACCAGCCCGUGGAUUAUUUGGGCAAGGGGCAGCUUUAUAAAGGAUUCGCUGACUGCUUUUCUAAGACACUGAGGAAGGAAGGCUUGAUGGGACUCUACAAAGGCUUGGGAGCCUCUUAUUUCCGGCUCGGCCCGCACACCAUUCUGUCUUUGUUCUUCUGGGAUGAACUGCGCAAACUGUACCAGCAGUGCAGAUAACACCAGGGAAAUGGGUUACUCAUUAGGCUCCGAUGAGUCAUCAGUUAAUGAAGGUACUAUUAUGAGGUUAAAGAAAAACCAGGAGAUGGCCGUCUUUUUUGAUGGGGAAAGAGAAAGCGCAAAGGUCAUAUUUUACACUCCAAUAAGAGAACACAUUUAAAAGUGUCAGGAAGAAGGUGAAAAUGUCAACGCCUCAUACGUGCACAGACAUGAUGAUAACCUGCAUAGGAACUUAAAGGAUAACGCAAUACUGUAUGUCAAACAUCAUGAUAUCAUCUUUUAUAGCACUUAAAGUUAUGCGUUUCCAAAAGAUAUAAAAUAACACUUUACUAUAAAAAGCUUGGUGCAAGGUGGCGAGCUGCUCCAUGCUUCAUUUUUAACACGCCACACUGCCAGUAAAAUGUCCCUCUGACUGUAUCCACGGAACAAGACUACCUCUAUGUUCUUUAGGAUUUUAGUUUUAUUUUAUUUUAUUUUAGUUGAGUUUGGGGGCGGCUGUAGCUCAUGGGGAUGAGUGGUCGUCCCGUAACCACAAGGGAGCCGGUUCGAUCCCCGCUCUCUCCAUAGUCGCAUGUUGAAGUGUCCUUGAGCAAGACACUGAACCCCCAGUUGCCCCCCGGGCGCUUCACUGCAGCCUACUGCUCCUUAAUAACUAAGGAUGGGUCAAAUUCUAUUUUACCCAUCUAUUUCUUUCUUUAACCACAGACCAGCGUACUUACAGAGUGUAGAUCAUCUUAAUCGUCAGCAUAGCAUUGGGAUAGGUGCAUAAAUACAAUUGUUACUGAAAAGAUUAAUGUUAUAUAGUAUUUGCCUAUAGCCUGAGCUAAUAUGUAUCGCUUAUGCUAUUCUAAAAGAAUAAUUACCCGGUGCAAUAGAAAAAACAUGAGGAAACCCAAACAAGGAAGAGAUUACACUGAUUACCGGAGGUGUUACCGCGUCAAUGAGUACCUUUAGGAGACUAGUGACGUAUUGACAUAACGCAGGUAUGUUGAAACUUGUCAAACAUAAUAAGAUUUCAUUGCCAAUACAUUUCUUUUCUGUUGCUGGUGAUUAACUCAGCUGUUAUCUGGACAAAUGUCGGUUGUUAUUGUCUGUGUGCUACAUAAAUCUUUUAAGUAUGCGUUUUAAAACGUUUCACUUUCUAACAAUUACUUUAUUUAAUAGAAUUAAGACUGUCCUAAUGAUUUAUUAACUUCAUUGAUCAUAUUUAAGUGCGUUAAGAAGGCCAUGGAAAACUACUUCAGUUCAAAUACUUGAAUAAAUCAUUGACUGAGUAUUUAUUUAGUUAUUGUCCUAAGUCAAGUUAUGAUGUCAACUAGAUUUUGGCUUGGGGACAGAUAAAUUAGCUUUAACGUCAUGUACAUGUCUAUUUUACAUUCUCCAGGUCAGCAUGAGCAUACAUCAGCGUUACUGGGUUGUUUAAUAUUAAAGACUUGUAGCCCGAGAAAAGACAGAUUUGGUUUUUUUCUUCACUUCAAAAAAUGUCAUUAUAGUUACUGCGCCAGUGUGCAACAGAGGACUGAACAGUGUAGUCCACUAGUCCGAUUAUAAAGCUAUCAACUUGUGUUUGUCAUGACACGUGAUGAAUGUACUGUAGCUUUAAGAACACAUAUUUAUCAUAACGUAACACUGGAGACAGAUGGUACCCAAGUUUAUUUUGUAAUAUGAAGUUGCUCUCCUGAUAUCUCCAUUUUUAUAUUCUCAAAGAAUGUUUGUUUUCUUGAUGUUAUGAGGCCCAUUUGUACAGUAAGUAAUGUAUGUGGUUUAUUAUGAGUAAUCUAGUGGGCAAGGGAACUGUAUCUAACUGCAGUAUCAGCUGUGUAAUGUAUACACUGACAGAAGGAUUCUCCUAAUUAAAGUGGAUCAAACUGACUGAUAGUCUUCCCAAUACCACAUUAUUAGACUAUGAAAAGUUGUCUUUGAAAUAAUAGCUCAAGCACAUCUAAACAGAAAUACUUUCUGUCAAACGAACUUACCAAACCUUC